UGUACUUUGUAGGUAUGCCGGUAUGACAGCCUACACUGGUUUUUAUGAGGUAGGGUCUCCUAAGGAAGGAGAGUACGUAUUUGUUUCAGCUGCAUCUGGAGCUGUUGGUCAGCUUGUUGGCCAGUUUGCAAAGUUAAAGAAUUGUUAUGUUGUAGGAAGUGCUGGAUCCACAGAAAAGGUUGAUCUGCUGAAGAACAAAUUCGGAUUCGAUGAAGCUUUCAACUAUAAAGAGGAACAAGACUUGGAUAAAGCUCUCAAAAGGUGCUUACCCGAUGGUAUCGAUAUCUACUUCGAGAAUGUUGGAGGAAAGAUGCUUGAUGCGGUACUUCUGAACAUGAGACUCCACGGCCGCAUUUCCGUGUGCGGGAUGAUCUCACAGUACAACCUUGAAGAGACUGAAGGUGUACACAACUUGUUCUGCCUCAUCACAAAACGAGUCCAAAUGGAAGGAUUCGCGGUUUUUGAUCACUAUCCCUUGUACCCAAAUUAUCUUGACAUGGUCCUGCCCCUCAUCCGAGAAGGAAAAAUUACGUACGUGGAAGACAUAGCAGAAGGCCUAGAGAAUACACCAAAGGCUCUUAUUGGGCUUUUCUCUGGUCACAAUAUUGGAAAACAAGUGAUGUUGGUUGCUCGUGAAUGAGUGAAAUCGCCUCGCGUUUUCUGGAUGUAAAUUCCUUGCUAUACUUUUGACUUGAUCUCUGUGUUAAGAAGAGUUUCUUGAUAGGAUGCGUUGGAGUGUAUUUUGGCUUUGAUGAAUAAAUUUAUGAACUUAAAAGUAUCUUAUGUUUCUUACAA